AUGGACACUGUCAAUGUUCAUGAUAUGGAUAUUGAUACACCCAAAGUGAAAGUUACAAAUAGGUUUAAUUGGGAUCCUCAUGCAUUCAAGAUAUUUCUUGAGGAAUGUAUAACCGAGCUAAAAAACAGGAAUAGACCGGGUACUUAUUUCAAACAGCCCACGUGCCAAAAUAUAUGUAAGAGGCUUUUGGAACGAAUAGGUAAAGAAUUGGAUAAAAAUCAAAUGAAAAACAAAUGGGACAUUAUGCGGAAAGAGUUCAAAUAUUACGACCGUUUAACAAGACUAGAAACGGGAAUUUCAAUUGAUCUCAUGAGAAAUACAAUCUCAGAAGAUAAAGAGUUUGCUAAGUGUAAGGAUAAGAAUUUGGAUGUAUAUCAUACAUAUUAUGAAGCUUUAUUUCGGGAUAUUGUAGUUGUUGGAGACAAGGCUAAGGUACCUUGUGAAUUUGGCAACAGUACCACUCCGAAGGAUGUACAGUAUGUGGAUAUUACGGAUGGAAAAGAGGAUACUGACGAAGUCCACUUAUUUGAUGAUGUUGAUCCUUUUAUCACAAUUGAUAGUUCUAGUAUGAAUAUGAGGGGAAAGAAAUUAACUCCCAGGCUUGACAAGAAAAGAAAGUUUGAAGGAAAAAAUGAAGGAAAAAGUAUGGCAAACUCGUCAUAUGAAGAGAAACUCGACAUUGUUUUUGAUGUUCUGUUAACAAGGAGCACUCAACCCUCAAGACAAACCACACGGUCACCCACAACAGAAGAAUGCAUGGCAAAUGUCUCUACUUUCCCGGGUUUUGAAGAAGGCUCAAUAAGAUAUUUAGAGCCGUUAGAGGUCUUUUUAAAAAAGCCAUCUCGUCAAAAUUUUAUGGUUCCAAAGAGUAAUGAAACAAAGAUGGAGUUUCUCAAGAGGCUUAUAGAGAAAGAGAAGUAG